AUGAGCUCGCAAUCAUCAUCACAAUCGUCCGCGGCCGCUCUUCAUCAGUCCAGCAAUCAGAGGUUUGUUUUUUUCGUUUUUCCCUUUUAAAAUGCUGAAAAAUAGUGCAGAAACGCUGAAAAUUUGUAAGAUAAUAGUAAAAUUAAGCUUAAGAAUCGAAAAGAAAAGCCAGAAGGUAGAAUUCUUGAUAAAAUUAUAGAAAUUUCGUAAAGUUACGCAGUGCGCACAUUUUUCUAUAGGAAAAACUGGUUUAGCAGAAAAUCACCAGACUUACCCAGGGCUGGUACCCGGAAUAUAAGCAAGAAUCCAAUAAAUAAUCGAAAAUAUUGCUAGCCAUCGUCCGCCGGCUUCAAGACGGCCGUUCCCAUCGACCGCCGACGAUCAGCCGAAGAGGUACUUACAAAAAUGCACGAUUUUCGCCUUAAACCUCUAAAUUUCACUAUUGAUCGUCGAACAAUCUAUAAUUUUUCGCAUUUUCAGAGCGCUAAUCGGCCAUGGAGGACAAGGAACGCCUUCUGGGGCGGGCACGCCGAACAGCCAGUCGCAACAACAAUCGGAGCUCGACGUCAAGCAGCACCUGCUCAACUAUCAACGGUAUUUCGACGCGGCCGCCUAUCCGUACAUCAACGACGUCAGUUGCUACGAGAAAUUGAGCAAAAUCGGACAGGGAACCUUCGGGUAAGUGCUUUUUGGUGCUUUUUCGCACACUAUUCGCUUCUCCCCCCUGUUUUAUUCCGGUUGAACCGCAAACUCGCCCAGCUCUGAACUUUCUCAUUUUUUAAUGAAAUCUCCGGUUUUUUCCCGUUGUUUGGUUCAUUGCCAACAAGAUCAUCAAUUUCAGAGAAGUAUUCAAAGCGCGCUGCAAGGCGACCGGUAAAAUGGUGGCGCUGAAGAAGAUUCUGAUGGAAAACGAGAAGGAAGGAUUUCCGAUUACGGCGCUGCGAGAGGUGAAGAUGCUCGAGCAGCUUAAGCAUCCGAACGUGACCGAUUUGAUUGAAGUUUGCAGUGCUAAAGGUUGGUUGCGGCGAUUUUGAGUAAUUUUUGACAAAAACAUCGAUUCCUAGCUAUUUUUUAAUAAAAAUUGUCGUUUUCAGCGUCGGCGCCGACGGCGAAAGACCGUACCACGUUCUACCUGGUGUUCGCGUUCUGCGAGCACGAUCUGGCGGGACUGCUGAGCAACCAGAAGGUGCGGAUGUCGCUGGUGCACAUCAAGACGCUCAUGAAGCACCUGAUGAGCGGACUUAACAAACUGCACCGAAGCAAGAUCCUGCACAGAGACAUGAAGGCGGCGAACGUGCUCAUUUCCAGAGAGGGCGUCCUCAAAUUGGCCGAUUUCGGACUCGCCCGUCCGUUUGUGCAGAGAGAAGGUACGAAAGAGCGGGUUUUUGCGUGCCUUUAACGAAAACCAUGAGAAAUACGAUCAACAUUUGAAUUUCCCGCCCCUAAAAAGUACUAAACCAUCUUCUCAUUUUGUUUUUUUUUUGCGAAAUUCGAACUCUACGACGUUCCGGUCUAUUUAUAGCGUUUGCAGUCGGCUCAGCGCCCCGUCCACUCUACACGAACCGCGUGGUGACCCUGUGGUACCGACCGCCGGAACUGCUGCUCGGCGACCGUCAGUACGGCACUCGGAUCGACGUCUGGGGUGCCGGAUGCAUCAUGGCCGAGAUGUGGACCCGGCGACCGCUGAUGCAGGGAGAGACCGAACAGAGACAGCUGCAGCUCAUCUCCGGCCUCUGCGGAUCCAUCAACCGGACCGUGUGGCCCAACUGCGAAAAGAUGCCGCUUUGGUCGGCCAUGUCCGCCGAACCAAACUCCGCACUUCCGCAGGGACUCCCGCGCACGCUACGCAACAAAAUGAAGACGUUGAUGAAGUGCGACGGACCCGACGGACGCUCUUACACGGUACGGUCUCUUGUUUUCAUUAUCGGAAGUACAAGGAAUGAGAACUGAUACAAAUGAGCACUCGUUGCUUGACAAAAUCAGUAAAGUUCUUCAAGUCCAAAAAGCCUUCGAAAAGCCUGGCCGAGCCCUGAGCAAGUUUUAAUGAAAAUAAUGUUUUCAGGACCCGCUGGGCAAGAACAAGAUGAACGAGCACAUGCCGACGGACGAGGACGCGAUGAACCUGCUGGACCACCUGCUGGCCAUAGAUCCGGAGAAGAGACCGUCGGCGGAGGAGGCCGAGGACGACCUCUGGUUCUUCAAAGCGCCACUUUUCAAGGAGAACGUCAGGGACCUCAUGGACACCAUUCCGGUUCGUUUUUUUUAAAAGAUAAUGCGUCCCUAAUGCAAAUCAAUUCCACUCAUUUUGCAGACGUCACAAUUCGAGUACACGGUGGGAAAAGGAGCGCACGCGAACCGCGGCCGUCAUCCGAAUCCGCCGCAGAGGCAGCCGCAACAGCCACGUGCGUCGAACGCGAUUCCGGCCGGACAAUAUCGCGACACCAUUUUUUAACGCCUCUCAUUUUCCACAUUCCCACACCCACAAAACUACCCUCGAAACGGCUUUCAACAAGAACGAAUUGUGUGUAAAUCCUCGUCAUUUCACAUUCAAAUCUAUGUCCUUUCCCUCUGGUACAGUAUUCUUUUUUUGUUGUUGUUUUUCCCCUCUCUGACUUUUCAUUUUAAUAUUAUGUCUUUACCGGACAAGCACCGUCCGCCGUUUUUUAGUUGUUUUACACACACACACACACCCUCUAAGACUCGAUAUUUUACACGCCCGCAAAGUUUCUGUUCCUUUUCCUCUCGACUCUAUAAAUUGUAUUCGGUUAGAAAUUUCGCAUUUAUUGCUUGUACCAACACGAUCCAGACGAAAACUCUCUUAAAAAAGUAAUUUCCAUACACAUUCCUAAUAAACUCACAGCACUGCAUGGCCCGAAAACAACAUCGAAUUGUGCAAGCUGCUUUUUUUUUCGCUUUUGGGACUUAAAACCGAUUCUCAGAUGAAACCGAUUCUCAGCUCAUUUUAUUUGCAAUUUUUUGUAUUAUUAUAGGAAUUGACGUUAAAAAUGCAUUAAAAAUAAGGCGGCCGAUUCUGUGACAAGCGUCCAAUCGUUUGCGCGGUCCGUUGCAAGCGCCCACGUCCUGCUAUCGAUCGGUUUUUUCUUCUGCCCGUCGGCGUCUCGUUCCCUCGCCCGCCGACGUUCCCGGCCGGCUCGCACUCAUUCCUGUCUCCAUGUGGCCGCACCAGUAGCCUCGCUCUUCGAGAGCUCUGCAUUUUGCAGAGUUCUCGCCUAUUUUCUUUCAAUUCUACCCCAUUAUUCCACUCAAUACGACACUUUUUCGAAAAGCAAAGGUAAUAAUCGCGCUUUAAAGUUCUUCAACUAAUACUUUGUUCAGUUUAGACCGUUUUUGUAUCGGCUCGAAACGGGUUGGCCACGAUAGAAAAGGGCAUUUUCACAAAAGGUAAAAGCUAUACAGCGUAUGUUUGUUUUCCGUUUUUUUUUCGUUUUUUUACAUCGCUGAAUUGGAUUUUUCGACGUAAAAAAACGAAAAAAAACGGAAAACAAUCAUUUUUUCACAUCCUGAAUAACCCCGAAAUGAAUGUGUGUAAUUUUUUCCAGAAAAAUGAAAUCAAUCGAUAGUCUGGUUAAUCAAGUACUCGAAAGUUCCUGGCAAAAGGUAAACACUCGUCUUUAGUCAUAACUAUGCGUAAUUUUCAGAAAUUCAAUCAGAUUGUCGGCAUCAAGAAAUGCAGUCAUGCAACAAAACACCCGAAGAAAGUUUUAGCGAACACUGUUAGUUUUUUUGCAGCAAUAUAAUAAAAUGGCAACAAAAUGAAUACAUUUCAGACAAAUCGCCAAUCAGAAAGCACUACUCACACAUGUUGA